AUGGCUUCUGCUGUGGACUGGUCCCAACUUCUACCUGAACUCCUGGAGCUCAUCCUUGAUCGACUCACCUGUCUCUCUGACCAUCUUCAUUUUGUUUCUGUAUGCUCCUCGUGGCGAUCAGUUAUAAUCAGUAAUUGUUGUCCUCGGCGUCUGCUUCCAUUUCUGAUGCUUCCUCCUAGCAAUGACAACACUGAUCAAACCCGACCCUUCUUUAAUCUUUCAAGUCAUUGGAUUAAAGAGCUCCACGUCCCAGAGAUUCAUCAAAAGUGGUGUUGUGGAUCUUCUCAUGGCUGGCUAGUUACAGUGGAUGAGUCUACUGGAGAGAUUCAACUAUUCAAUCCAGUCUCUAGAGGUCGUAUCCAGCUUCCUUCCCUGUCAACAUUCUCCUAUCCUCAACACAACUUCGAGCCUGAUUUUACAAGCAAUAAGCAUUACAUCCAUAAGGCAAUUCUAUCUUCUAACCCCUAUAGAACAUCAGACUAUGUUGUGGUGGCCAAUGUCACUAAUAGGAAGAUGUUGGCUUAUUGGAAGCCAGGAGCUGAUAGGUGGACUACUAUAAGAUCAGAACAAUGGGUUCAUUUUGAAGAUUUUAUAUACUACAAGGGACUACUCUAUGCUAUUAGCAACAAUGGUCCUCUUGUAACUUAUGACUUCAGUUUUGAACCCCCAAUUGGGAAGGAAAUCAUUGGUGAACCACCAGGAGGAAGAAGAUGCUCCAUGUAUUAUUUGGUGGAAUCAUUAGGGGAACUAUGGCUAGUUUCAAGGCAAUUCAAGUGGCUUAGCAACGAAGUUGACAACAACGAUGACGCCAAUUAUUAUAAAGAUUUCAUCGUCCACCCACCAUUUGAAUUCAAAACAAUGAAGUUUCAAGUCUGCAAACUGGACGAGAGCAAGCGAGAGUGGAUCCAAAUGAAAAGCAUUGACGAUCGCAUUUUGUUUUUGGGAAAUAGCUACUCAAUUUCACUCCCUGCUCAAGAAUUUCAAGGAUGCAAGGGAAACUCCAUCUAUUUUAGUGAUGACUACACUUAUGGACCCUAUGAACCACCAUCAGAAGGUUAUCAUGACAUGGGGGUAUUCAACUUUGAGAGUCGCCGUGUAGAAUCAUUUAUUGAGUUGUCCACUCCUAGUUUGACUGCUCCUACCUUUUGGUUUACACCUGAACCUUUUGGAAGUGCCACCAUCAGCUUCAUAUUUAAAUUGUUUAAUAUUGAUUAA